GUACCUAGAGCAACCUUGCUUUGCGUAAACUUGCUAGAUUUGUGAGAACAUUUUUCUUGUGUAUGGGGAAAGUGGGGGGCGGUAGAUUUACGAAGGUCGCUGAAUAAUAGGACUGCACCGGGCAAAGCCGUUAUAAGGAAGACCUUUUUUGUUUUCCGCGCAAGGGCAUACCUUGCAUCGAGGUUAUCUCGACUCAACGGUGCUGGCUAAACAGCUUAGCUAACUGGUGCACUUGUCAAAUCAUCGACCUUCAGCGUUCCGGCUAACGUAUUCUCUACUAAUUCAGUAUCAUACAGCCAGCAGACAUGGCUUCGGUCGGAUUGAGAGCCUCUUACCACAGGAUCCUGGAUAAGGUCGAGCUUAUGCUGCCGCCCAAAUUCAGACCCAUUUAUAACCAUCCAGCAGGUCCAAAGACGGUAUUCUUCUGGGCUCCAGUGUUUAAAUGGGGCCUGGUUCUGGCUGGGCUGGCUGACUUGGCUCGGCCUGCAGAGAAGUUGAGCACUUCCCAGUCCGCAGUACUUACUGCCACAGGGCUGAUUUGGUCCCGGUACUCCCUGGUGAUCAUUCCAAAGAACUGGAACCUCUUCGCCGUCAACUUCUUCGUCGGUGCUGCUGGCAGUUCCCAGCUCUUCAGAAUCUGGAGGUACAAGCAGGAACUGAAGGCAAAGGAGAAGGAGGAGCAGUCCUGAGCCCUUCCGUCCCGCCCAGUCCCAUCCUCCGGGCUGGACAGGGAGCCGUUCCCCCCCCCGGUGCCACAUCCAUCCCACCAUCCCCACACACUUACCUUCCAGUCAAGCCGUGCCUUCCUUGUCAACAGAAAAGGAGCCAGAAUUUGUAGUUUAGUUUUUAUUUUAUUUUUUUAGUUUUUUUUUUUUUUUUUAAAUGGAGACCAUGUAACUUAUCAGAGUUUAAGAAACUGCAGGUGUUUCUACAAGUUUAUUAGCUUCCUAAACCUACCAAUGUACAAUUAGAGUACAGUAAAACCCUGAAUAAUGAUCAUGUGUUUUUUUUAAAAAGCAUCAUUUAACAUGAAAUGACUAAUGUCUGAUUGUAUAUUCAAGUGCUAAUUUAAGAGGUAUUUAACAUGUGUCAUAUUGUCAAGGAAAAAGGUUGCUUUUCCCAGUUUUUCCUGUAGAGAAUCCACCUCAUUGUAGGUUCUUUCUUUUUUUUUUUUAACAAAUUAAAUGCCUAGUUUUGGCUUGAAUACUGUAUAAGGAAUGUCUCCUAAUAAAUUUCAGAAUGGUUUUGAUUUGA